AAGUUUUGCCUUUUUCCUUUUUCACAAUUUAAUUUUAAUAAUUUUGAGUUCGAUCAUCGUCCUCCUCGUCCUCGCUUCAAAAUCAAGCAAAGCAUCGCAGAAUUUAGUUCCUUACCAGCAAUCAGAAACCCCAACUUUUCAAAUUCGAAAAUUAUAAUAAUAAUAAUAAUAAAAAUAUGGAGAGGGUGAUGAACAUAAUAAAGCCAAAGCCAAAUCCACAGCAGCAAUUGAGAGAUUGGCAGCGCAAGCUUCGCCAGGAGUGCCGCAACAUCGAACGACAAAUUCGAGAUAUACAAAGAGAAGAGAAAAGUGUGCAGAAAGCAAUCAGAGAGGCUGCCAAGAGAAAUGACAUGGGUUCUGCAAAGUCACUUGCUAAAGAAAUUGUGAGAUCUAGAAGGACAGUGAACCGUCUUCAUGAAAAUAGGGCACAACUGAAUUCAAUAUCAAUGCACCUUGGGGAGAGUGUUGCUAUUGCCCGUACAGUGGGGCAUUUAUCCAAGAGUUCUGAGGUUAUGAAGCUUGUCAAUAACCUCAUGAAGGCUCCUGAAGUGGCUGUUACGAUGCAAGAAUUUAGCAAGGAGAUGACCAAGGCAGGAGUAAUUGAAGAGGUGGUGAAUGAUAGUCUUGACACAGCACUGGACUCCGAGGACAUAGAAGAAGAAAUAGAAGAAGAAGUCGACAAAGUUUUGACUUCUAUAGCUGGUGAGACUGCUGCCCAGCUUCCAGAAGCGGUCAGGAAGGAGAGGUUGAAGCAACCUGCUACUGCACAAGCUAGACAGGAGGAAGAGGCCAUAGCUGAGGGUGUCGAUGAUGAGGCAGAGUUGGAAGAAAUAAGGGCCCGGCUUGCAAACGUUAGGUCAUAAGAUAAGUUGAAGCCCUUCAGCCAUUCUCCUUUAUCUGACCGGAUUCUGCAGUAAAGCCCGUGUUUACCACUGACCGAGGACACCAGAGAUGUAUCGUCUGCUGUAUAUUAAAUUGAAGCAGCUUCCGAAAGAGUUUACAAGUAAGCCGUUAUUGUGCAAUAUUCAAAUGCAACUCAUUUCGUGAAACUUGCAACCAAACUAGUAUCACUGUGUAUUGCGUUGCGUAUGUUUUUCUAUCUUUGGUAACUGCGGCUGGAGCUUCGAUCUACUUUCUCCGUGUAUUUUCGCUCAAUAUCUGUACUCAAAACGGAUUGCAAUUUACGCAUGAAAAGUAUUGCACGCAUGCAUCA